AUGAGUACUAGUAAUAGCACUGCUGGCACUCGGCAACAUAAUAUGACCUGUGUCAGAUACAACGCUCCGGAUACUCCAAAAGGCUAUAUUAUUGUAGACGAAUAUCCAUUAAACGGCCAGGUCCUCAUGAUCGAUAAAGAAGAUGAUUUUAUUUUGUGGUCGAGCCUGUGGAAAGCUUUAGGAUCCUGUGAAGUAAAUAUUACAAGGAUUCUCGAAUUACGCCCCGAUCUUUCAAGAGCGAUACGAAUAAUAAAGUUAGGGAACAAUAAAAUACAUGGUACCUGGAUGCCAUUUGAAAUGGUUGAGACAUUGGCAAUGAAAAUUGCAUGGCCUAUCAGAGAACAUUUAAUACCUUUUUUUGGGUAA